AUGUCAUCAUCCUCAUCUGACAACGUCGAUGAAAGAUUGGACGAAAUUAUCGACGAAAUUGUUGAUGAUACAUACAAUGACAUUGUGGAGUCCCAACCCAAUAAGCAGAAGAGGCGUGCUUAUGUAGAGCGAAACCGUGAAGUAGGACACGACCGUUUAUGGAAUGACUACUUCAGCGAACAUUCAACAUUUUUGGCCCAUUUAUUCAGACGCCGGUUCCGCAUGAGUAAGGAUUUAUUCUUGCGUAUAGUGGUGACCCUUUCAGAGAACAUUCGAUUCUUUACACAAAGAAGAGAUGCAACCGGGAGGUCUGGUCUUUCUCCACUACAAAAAUGUACGGCGGCUAUUUGUCAACUAGCUUACGGUUCAGCGGCUGACGCUGCAGACGAAUAUCUUCGACUUGGUGAAAGCACGGCUCUUUCAUGUUUACACCAUUUCACUGACGGAAUAAUACAAUUAUUCGGAAAAGAGUAUCUACGAAGGCCCACACCAGAGGAUCUUCAACGGUUGCUGGAUAUUGGAGAGAAACGCGGGUUUCCUGGGAUGGUGGGAAGCAUUGACUGCAUGCACUGGGAAUGGAAGAAUUGCCCAACCGCUUGGAAAGGACAGUACGCACGUGGCUCGGGAAAACCGACAAUUGUCUUAGAGGCUGUGGCUUCACAAGAUCUUUGGAUUUGGCACGCUUUCUUCGGUCCACCAGGUACUUUAAACGAUAUUAAUGUCUUGGAUAGGUCUCCUGUUUUUGAUGACAUUUUCGAAGGCCGAGCUCCCACGGUAGAGUAUGUGGUCAACGGACACAACUAUAACUUGGCUUACUAUCUCACUGACGGUAUCUAUCCCAAAUGGGCAACCUUUAUCCAAUCUAUCACAAGUCCUCAAGGCCCUAAGGCAGAAUUAUUUGCUAAAAAACAAGAAGCAACCCGGAAAGAUGUGGAAAGGGCUUUCGGAGUAUUGCAAUCUCGAUUUGCGAUUGUGAAGAACCCGGCUCUUUCAUUGGACAAACAGAAGAUUGGGAAGAUUAUGAGAGCAUGUAUUAUACUAUACAAUAUGAUAGUCGAAAAUGAACGAGAUGGUUACAUUCGGUACGAUGAUUAUGAAUUUGAAGAAGAAGACGGCCCAAGAAGUUCACGGGUCGGUAACAACAUGCCUACAAAUAUCCAUAAUAUUAUCGGCAUCCGGAAUGAUGUUCACGAUACCCAGGCACAUCAUCGAUUGAAAUAUGAUUUAAUAGAAAAUAUUUGGAAUAAAUUUGGUGAUUCAUAA